CCCUAUUGAUACUUGUAAAUAAAUGUGUAUGUUUUAAAAAUAUGAAUGAAAUCCCACCGUCUUGAUCGAUGUGUAGCACAAAAUAUGUCAAUAGCUCUUAUCGAAAAACGCCUGAUUGGAUGGAAUCCAAUCCCUAAUUUUAGAGAGCCCACUUUACAUACAUCGCCUCUCGCUUAAGCCACAGAAAAAUCAUCCUAAAUACAUAUAUUCACGCAGCAUACACAAGCCCACCACUAACCCAUAUUUUUUGUUGGUUUUCUUGCGACAUUCCAGUCCAUGCAACGCCUUUCCGCCGAGCAAAAUGGUUCAACGACUGAACAAACACAUGAACACAAUCCAAACGUCGUACCUGAUCAUAGAGGCAACUUACACGUUACUGUUAAGAAAACUAAACCAAUUUUAGGUAUUGCUAUCGAAGGUGGUGCUAACACAAAACACCCGCUUCCUAGGAUAAUCAAUAUCCAUGAAAAUGGUGCCGCUUAUGAAGCGGGCGGACUAGAAGUCGGGCAACUGAUACUGGAAGUGGACGGCAAUAAGGUUGAAGGUCUACAACAUCAGGAGGUUGCCCGCCUGAUAGCCGAAUGCUUUUCCAAUCGUGAAAAGGCAGACAUAACCUUCUUAGUUGUCGAAGCGAAGAAGUCAAAUCUUGAACCAAAACCAACAGCGCUUAUCUUUUUAGAAGCCUAACAUUUGCUUGCCCUGCCGGCUAAUGAGGAUCCCUUGGAACGACAAAAGAUCGAGUUCCUCUACGAAUGGGGGAUCGAUUUAACGACAACGCCAAA